GACAACCAGUAUAGAAAACCGACCCCUUGGAUUUACCCACCAUGCAGGUAACGGGACUGUGUGCGCGGGCUGCCGCGUCAUGACACGCCGGGACACCGCACGGGCCAGCAUGACGAUGGCUUAAACCAUGUGCGCUCAUUGUUGAGUGGACUUGAGACGCAGGAUCACGCCAUUCAUUCCGGACCUCAAGGCUUUUGCGUCCCCCCCACCCCUCUUCCACCUCCUCCACCCCCACCCCCCUUUUUGAAGCUCGAGCGCGGAGAAAUGGGAUGACGUGAGAUUGGACAGGACAAUGUUGGUACCCGACGUUGGCAUCCCGCUGCUGGGGCGUCUGCUGCUGAUGCUGCUUCUGCUGUCUGCCUCCGAGUCGAGGCUGUCCCAGGCCUGCCCCGACCUCAUCUCCAGCAGCUGCAGCUGCACGGACGAGCGUCCAAAAGCGCACGGCGCCUCGGCCCCGGGGAGGAGAGUCAGCUGCAACAAAGAGGAGCUGUCGGAAAUCCCAGAUGCCAGUCUGCUCCCCAACAGGACCGUCACGUUGAUUCUGAGCCACAACAAGAUCCGGGUUCUGCGAAAUGGGUCGUUCACUGGACUUUACGCUCUGGAGAAACUGGACCUCAAGCAUAACUUGAUUAGCACCAUCAUUCCUGGAGCCUUCCACGGCCUGUCCGAGCUCCGCAAACUUGACUUGUCCAACAACCGCAUUGGCUGCUUGGUUCCAGACAUGUUCCAGGGUCUCACCAACCUCACCAAACUGAACCUUUCCGGAAACAUCAUAUCUACUUUGGAUGUGGGUGUUUUCCAAGAACUACCCUCCCUCAAAUUAGUGAACUUCAAUUCGGACUUCCUGUCGUGUGACUGUGGGUUGCGCUGGGUGCCGGGCUACUUUCGUACCAGCAAUGCCCGGCUCGGGGGCGAGACGCUCUGUGCCUAUCCGAGGAGCCUGCGGAGAAAGCCCCUGCACGGACUAAGGGAAAGCCAGCUUAGCUGCGGUGGUCCCCUGGAGCUUCACACACUGUCCCUGCUGCCAUCCCAGCGUCAGGUGGUUUUCAAAGGGGACCGCCUCCCCUUCCACUGCACCGCUGCCUUGGUGGGCAACCUCACCACCGUGCACUGGCGUCACAACGGCAAGCUGGUGACCUCUGACCCUGAGAUGGGUGUCCAACUGGAGAACAGUGUGCUGCAUGACUGCACCUUCAUCACCAGUGAGCUCAUCCUAUUCAAUGUGCAUGUGGAGGCCAGUGGGGAAUGGGAGUGUGUGGUGACUACUGGGUGGGGCAACGUUUCUCGAAGUGUUGAAAUAGUCGUGCUGGAGAACAGCGCCUCCUUCUGUCCAGAGGAUAAAGUUGUCAACAACCGGGGAGAGUUCAGGUGGCCAAGGACCCUUGCAGGCAUUGUUUCCUAUCAGUACUGCCUCCCGCUGCGGUACCCCUCCCUGUCUAUGGAGGGAGGUAUGGAACAGAAGAAAGCUUCACGUUACUGUGACCGUUCCGGAAAAUGGCAGGAAGGGAACUACACAAACUGUCAUUAUACCAACGGCAUUACCCGCGUCCUACAUACCUUCAUCCUGAGGCCCAUCAAUGCUUCUAAUGCAGUCACUGUGGCACAUCAGGUGCGCUCUUACACUCUGGAGGCAGCAGGUUUUACUGACUCAGUGGAUGUGCUUUAUGUAGCCCAGCUGAUGGAGAAGUUCAUUGAAUAUGUCAGACAGAUUCGAGAGCUGUCAGAGGUACUAGUUGAGAUGGGCAGUAACCUGAUGCAGGUGGAUGACCAGAUCUUGGCCCACGCCCAAAGGGAGAAGAGAGCCUGCAGCUCCAUUGUCCACUCUUUGGAGAUGCUGGCCUGGCCUCAACUCCACAGUCAUGCUCAAGACCUCUCAAUUGUCUCCAGGAAUAUUGUGAUGGAGGCUCAUCUGAUUCGACCAGCACACUUCACUGGCAUUAGCUGCACCGCCUACCAGCGGCGUGAGGUCGUAACAGGCAGCCCGGUCUCAGAGGGAGCAGAGUCCCACCAUGAGCAGCAGCUUCGUUUCCGCUGUACUACCAGCUCCCAUAACACCUCCCUAAACAAUUUCCCCCUAAAGAAUUCAGUAGCCCUGGCCUCUGUGACUCUCCCAGCCUCCCUGUUUCCUCCUGAUGCCCCCACAGAUUGUAAGCUGCAGUUCAUAGCGUUUCGUACAGGCCGCUUCUUCCCUCUGUCUGGGAAUUCCAGCGUUCCUGGGGAGCACUCUCGCCGACGGACCGUCAAUACCCCUGUCAUGUUCGUAGGCUUGGACGGCUGCAGCAUGUGGAAUCACUCUGACCCUGUCUGGGUGUCACUGCGUCACUUGUCUCCUGGUACUGACCCAGUGGCAGCCCAGUGGAGCCUGCGGGCCCUGGAGAAACAGGGAGGCUGGACCCAAGAGGGCUGUCAGCUGGUUCGCACCGACGGCAUCACCUCCACGCUACGCUGCUCCCUUCUUAGCAACUAUGCUGUGCUGCAGGAGGUGCCUGAGUUCCCAAACUCUCUGCCUGUGUCAGUGAGGGUACUCCACCCUGUGGUCUACGCUUGCACUGCAGUACUCCUCCUUUGCCUCUUCACCAUCAUCAUCACACAUAUUGUAUACCACAGUUCAAUAUGCAUAUCAAGAAAAAGCUGGCACACAUUGCUCAAUACCUGCUUCCACAUUGCCAUGACAACGGCCAUCUACGCAGGUGGCAUUAGCUUGACCAGCUACCCAGUGGUGUGCCAGGCGGUGGGCAUCGCGCUACACUACUCCUCACUGUCCACUCUGUUGUGGAUUGGAGUCAGUGCCAGGGUCAUCUACAAAGAGGCUGUUUGGAGAAUGCCACGGCUACCAGAGGGAGAGCCUCCUCCUCCGCCCACUCAGCGACCUAUGCUCAGGUUCUAUUUGAUAGCUGGCGGAGUUCCUCUCAUUGUGUGCGGGAUAACUGCAGCUGUCAACGUCAACAACUAUGGAGACAACAGCCCUUACUGCUGGCUGGUGUGGCGACCCAGCCUGGGGGCCUUCUUUGUCCCUGCUGGCCUCGUGGUGUUGGUGACUUGGAUCUAUUUCCUGUGCACUGUGUUUCGCCUGAGGCAACGUGUGACCAAAGAAUGUACAGGAACUUCUCUGUCCUCCCCUGUGCCCGAAAGCCAACCUGCACUGGCGGGAAGCACCAGUCUUUUGUCCACAGACUCAGCGGUGGGCACUAUAAACCCUGUCAUGACUCCAGAGGACCAGUACUCGCUCAAGAUACAGUUCUUGGUGCAGUUGGUUACUCACCUCCUGUUCAUGGGUCUGUGGUGCUGUGGAGCCAUGGCCGUGUGGUUGACAGGACACACCAGCUUGUUGUUCAGCUGCCUUUAUGGGAUGACUGCCACGGUUCUGGGGGUAUUUCUAGUGGUACAUCAUUGCUUUCGACGUCUAGAUGUGCAGGCUUCAUGGCUGACGUGCUGCCCUGGAUAUCGCCGCUCCCAACCCAUGUCUACCUACACCCACACUUGCACAACUGGGAGCGGAGUACAGACCACUGAGCAGGGAUCCCAACUUUUCAUCGUCUGCCAACCCCCAGGUGACUCUCAAAACUCCUCAUCUGCCAGGUCAUCAUCCACACCAAGUGGAAUCAGCAGCGUCGGCCCUGGACCCUGCAAGCUCACCAACCUGCUGCAGGUGGCACAGGAUAAUUCCAACAAUGUCUCUCGUGCCCCUUUAGGCAACAACACUAGCACCAGUACUGACAACAUCACCAAACCAAAAAACAACCACCUGCCCACUAUAAAUUCUGUUGCCCCAGUGCACCCUCAGAGAAGGAAAGUGAGUAGCAGAACUAAACAAGGGAGUGGCCAAUAUCACCAUCGGGGUGAAGGCAGAGGUCACUAUCGUCUCAAAGCUCUGAGGGCUGCUGGCGGUGGGGGCAGCCUGGGAGCUUUAGGACCCACAGGUAUAGAAUACCUCAAUUCUUCACAUGCAGCUCACAAGCAUGCCACUAGUGAGAAUGGCAGCAUCCACCAUAGCCUCUCAGAGAGCCAGGCCAGCCCACUAUCCAAUGGUAGACGGGUUGGAGAGACAGUGGCCACCAGCCCCUCAGAGGGAAGUGACGGUGGGAGUAGUGGGAGUCGCAAACCAUUUCCCCUGUUACCUUCUAUGGCCAGCAGGGCAGCUAUGCAUGGCGCUCAGAGACGUUGUGCGAGCAAAGACAAUUUGAAACUGGCAGCAGCUGCUGAGCGAGAGGCGAAACGCUGCUCUUACCCUCUGAACAGUGUCGAUACCACUGUGCCAGGGGCCACUGCUCCUAAUGGCACUCUCAAAAACUCAGUGCUAGAGCUGGAGCAAGACAUGAGUGGCACGGACCAGUCGCAGAGCUCUGUUGGAAUGAAAAGUGGCUUGUGGAAGAGUGAAACCACGGUGUGACCCCAUUCUUCCACAUGACCUCGUAUGCAUGAAUCUAACAGACAUUACAUAUGAUUUGGUUAUGUUUCAAUGGCCUCUAAAUCAUAAUAACCAUAUAAUUUGAUGUGUUGAAGAUCAAAUGGGCAUCAGGACAAUGAACUGGUACUCUCUCCACUAUAGCAUAGUUGGAGUUUGCUGUGAAAAAAAAGGCAGGUCUUUCAAAACAAAGUCAUUCAUUUACCUUUUCCCUUCACAUAAAAUUGUACAAACUAGGUCCCAAAUUGGCAUUUGAUGUUAAAUUUGGAUGUGAUGAAAGCUUUAUUGUUUUAGUUGUGAUUUUUCUAUGCAUAACAACUAUAAGAUGAGAUGGAUUCCAAGAUAGUCCAUUUCCACAGUACAGCUACAUGCAUUUACUCUGUGGACAACCUUUUGCUCUUAUGCUUUCUUGAAGUAAUUGUUUGUGUGCACUUGUAUCUUUGUAUGUAUGUGUGUGUGUGUGUGUGUGUGUGUAUGCGUGCGUGCGUGCGUGCAAAUGAGAGUAUUUGCAUAAGUUUGGGCAUACAGAAUGUCAUUCAGUGAGUUUGAAAAGAAGCCAAGAAACGACUUUUGAAUAUUAAAAAAUGUCUCUUUUUCACUUUUGUGUAUUUACAUCAGCACUGAUAUGGAGCUCCAAAUUCCUACUAAAAGUACAAAGAAAAUAGAAUAAAAACGAGGAACAAUGGCUCAACUGACUUCUUAAACCGAGUCACUUGCAUCACUUUGAAUAAAUGAGUGCCAAGCAGCAGUUUAAUUCAGGGUUAUGUACGAAUAGAUGCAGACUGCCCCCUCCUGGAUGGCAGAAGCAACUUCUCACUGACAAUUGAAAUAAGCAUAUGCUGCCAUAGAAUGCUCCAACCCAAUACCUGCUGAUAAGUAGGUCUUUUUCUGUAUAUAUAAUUUGAAAAUUUUUAUUUAUGCACAAAAAAUCUCUGAAAGGAGUAUGUUGAAAAUUCAAGGAUGCUAUUCCUAACUCAGCCUUUGAAAAAUAAUUAUCAGGGGCUUGACCAAAAGAUUGCACAGCAUAUAGAUCAUAAGCUUUUUUUGAGUAGACUGAAUAUCUUCUUCAAAAUUUAGUGUAUUCUAAAACCUCCAUGUCAUUCUGAUGUUUUCAUGUACAAUUGGUAAGUUUCUAUUCAGGAAAUAAAUGGGAAAUAUUAUCCAU